AUGUGUUCUGUGACGGGCCUCCUCGUGCUGGCUCGGCUGGUAUUCAAACAGUACUUCAGCUACCAACGGACCUUGAAGACGGACGACUGGGUCAUCAUCGCGUCGGUCCUCGUCGGACUGCCGUGCACGAUUCUAAACACGACUGGACUUACGCAUUACGGCCUGGGCAAGGACGUCUGGACACUGCAGCCCGCGACAAUCGCCGAGUUUGCCCGGUAUUUCUACAUACAGCAGAUUUUGUACAUUUUCCUCAUCACCAGCAUCAAGAUUAGUCUGUUGUGCUUCUAUCUCACGAUAUUCCCGGGCAGGACCACCAGGCUCUUGUUGUGGAUCACUGUUGCUUUCAGCGCCUCAUUUGGCGUCGUGUCCACCAUUGUUUCUAUAUUUCAAUGCACGCCGAUUCGGUUUUAUUGGAUGCAGUACGUGCAGGAGGAAGAUGGGAAAUGCCUCAAUAUCAACUUGCUCGGAUGGAUCAACGGCGCCGUCAGCGUCGGCAUCGACGUGUGGAUGAUUGGCAUCCCGCUGUCUCAGAUUAAAAAGCUGGAACUACACUGGAAGAAGAAGAUUGGAGCGGCAAUCAUGUUCUUGACGGGAACUUUUGUAACAGUUGUGUCCAUCCUGCGACUGCAGUCGCUUCUUUAUUUCUAUAGUUCAGAAAAUCCCACCUGGGAUCUGUGGCAUACAGCGUGGUGGUCGACUAUUGAGAUCAACAUCGGCCUCAUAUGUGCCUGUCUUCCAACAGUCCGACUGAUACUGGUCCGCAUGUGUCCGCGGGUAUUUGGGAGUACGAUCAACUCGACAAUGGCGAGAUCCAGGGCGUCUAGGGGGAAUAGCAUGCUGGUGCGGAGGCAGCAGGUCCGGAUUGUCAGCCUCGAUAUUCAACUGGAGAACGCGUCAUCCACAAAGAUAAAGGAGGAACAGUGGGAGCCAUCUCUGACGGCGCCAGAGGAGCAACCGGACGAAAACUUCUACCAUGCCAAGUAG